AUGUCGCAAAACCCUCGCGCGGUCGAGCCGCAGGUGCUCGAACAACCUGCACCAGCCCUGCCGCUCGCCACAGAGUUUUCGGCUGCAGGCGAGGAUUCUGACGAAUACGACGAUAUCGAUCUUCUUAUCCUCCAGCCAAUCGACCUCACAGAAUCGGAGACCCUACCUCACCACCUCGCCCAACGCAACACCACGCUAAUUCAUUUGUUUUAG